AUGGAGGCUGCAGCUGUCGCUGAUCUGAGUAGUGAGAAGCUAAAAGGGGAGAUGUGGCAGCAGAGGAAGGUUCAUGGAAAUGAAGGUUCUGCUAGCAGCUUUAUGGAAAAGGAUCUGGUUUCUGGUCCUGAAUCAAGCCACGUUGAGUAUUCUGGGCUGAAGGAAAGGAAAGAUGGUGGAGCUCUGGACGAUGGUAGCCGUGUGGGUAGGGGUGAACGAGUUGCUUCAUUCUCCUCUGUUAUUCCUGGUAUCAAUGGGAAGACUGAGAGUCUGAGGGAAGAGAUUGAAGAGUUGAAAGCCCAAAUGGGCGUGAUUUUAAUCCUGGAAUAA